AUGGCGACUCGCAGCCCCAGCGUUGUGAUUAGUGAUGAUGAACCAGGUUAUGACCUAGAUUUAUUUUGUAUACCUAAUCAUUAUGUGGAAGAUUUGGAAAAGGUGUUUAUUCCUCAUGGACUAAUUAUGGACAGGACAGAGCGGCUUGCUCGAGAUGUGAUGAAGGAGAUGGGAGGCCAUCACAUUGUAGCCCUCUGUGUGCUCAAAGGGGGCUAUAAAUUCUUUGCUGACCUGCUGGAUUACAUCAAAGCACUGAACAGGAAUAGUGAUAAAUCCAUUCCUAUGACUGUAGAUUUUAUCAGACUGAAGAGCUACUGUAAUGACCAAUCAACAGGGGACAUAAAAGUGAUUGGUGGAGAUGAUCUCUCAACAUUAACUGGAAAGAAUGUCUUGAUUGUUGAAGAUAUAAUUGACACUGGCAAAACCAUGCAAACCUUGCUUUCCUUGGUCAAGCAGUAUAAUCCGAAGAUGGUCAAAGUCGCAAGCUUGCUGGUAAAAAGGACCCCUCGAAGUGUUGGAUAUAGACCAGACUUUGUUGGAUUUGAAAUUCCAGACAAGUUUGUUGUAGGAUAUGCCCUUGACUAUAAUGAAUACUUCAGGGAUUUGAACCAUGUUUGUGUUAUAAGUGAAACUGGAAAAGCAAAAUACAAAGCCUAA